AUGGACCUAGUGACAGACAUACAAAUGGCAGGUUACAGGUUUCAGCACGCCUGCGACAAGGUCGAUCGGGAGCGGAACCUAGCGAAGGAGCGGGAGGCGAAGGCGGCGCAGAUAUUGGCCGACGCGACGGCCCGAGAGGCGGAAAAGCUGUCGAUCAUUCAGAGGGCAGAGGCGGCGGAGCUGGCGCUGGGGCAGGCGGUCAUGAAACAAGAGAGGAUCAUUACGGAACUGGAGAAGGCCAAGGCGGAGAUAGAGAAGCUCAAGGAGGAGGCCGAGACGCGAAAGCGCAAAGGCGGCGAUGACGAGGCGGCGGAGGUAAACGAUAAGGCUGGCGGGAUGCAGGCGUCCGGGAGUAAGAAGGCGAGGAGCUCCCUUGACAUCAGCUCGGUUUUCGCUCGCCAUCGUCGCAUCGUAUCACCAAUCUUCAUGCGGUGGCGGGAGACCCCUGAUCUGCUGGGCGAGAAGCUGGGGUGGCAGGGCACGGCGCUGUAG